GGGGGCGGGGUUUCUCCCCUGCUGCUCAUAUUUAUGGAUUAGGCAUUUCUGCAGUGGGCUUCUGGAUAUUGAUGUGUUUUAAGGACGAGUCCCCGCUCCUCUCUUUCUCUCUCUCUCUCUCUCCCUCCCUCCCUCCUCCCCUCCCGUGUGCGCUCCGCGGGGUCUCUGUGCGCUCAGACGCGCUCGGCGUUCCGAGUUGUAAAGAAGCCCGAUGGCCCCCAGCAACCAGAGGGACUGCUGCGCUCAUCGGAAAACCAGCUCCGGCCCCGAGCUCCCCUAGCAAAGAAGGGAAGCUGCUCCUCCUGCUGCUGGAAUACCGCAUUGUUUUUAUAAUUUACCUCCUCUGUCAGCGUCAGCAGGAGAGGAGCUGAUGCUGAUGCUGAUGCUGACGAUGCGCCCUCGAUGGUGGAUUUCCCUUUUGUGCGUCUUUGGAUUGAUGCACAUCGGCCACCAGAGCAACGCUGAUGCCCGAAAUGGAGCCGCCUUGUCCAGCCUGAAGACUGUGCGUGAUGGAGGCAGGUUUGUCGGGAAGGAAGACACGGUGCCCCUCCGCCUGCUGUACAGCAGACACAACCAGAGCCAGAUCACGCAGGACGCGCUCAGCACCAGGGUGAAAACCAGCUCCGGAUCCACGCAGGUGAACCAUGUCGCCCAGGCAAGCUUUCAAGUCAAUGCUUUUGGUCAAAAUUUCAUUUUGGAUGUGGAGUUGAAUCAUGAUCUAUUGUCUUCAGGAUAUGUGGAGCGGCAUUUGUCAAAAAAGGGGAAGGCUGUCAUCACCAAUGGAGGAGAGCACUGCUACUAUCAGGGGAAGGUCAGGGACGUUCCUCACUCAUUUGUGGCCCUGUCAACAUGUCACGGAUUACACGGGAUGUUUUUCGAUGGCAACCACAGCUACAUGAUUGAACCUGGAGGACGGGGCAUCAGCAGUGAGGAAGUUCGCAUUCACAUGAUAUACAAAUCUGCAGGACCGGAGUCAUUUAUUGAUCAUCUUGAUGGUGAUCUUCCAGAGCCACCAUUCCCCAGUCCACCAUUUCCCUGGUCAAAAGUUGUGCACAGAAGAAACAAGAGACAGGUUCCACAUUUGAUGCGAAGUGUAGAGGAUGAGACCAAAUACAUUGAGUUGAUGGUGAUCAAUGACCAUUUAAUGUACAAGAAGCAUCGGCUUUCCAUUGGGCACACAAAUAACUAUGCUAAGUCGGUGGUCAAUAUGGCUGACAUGAUUUUCAAAGAACAGCUCAAUACUCGCAUUGUGCUAGUUGCCAUGGAAACAUGGUCAGCUGACAACAAGUUCAACAUUGACGAUGACCCAAUGAUGACCCUCCGGGAGUUCAUGAAGUAUCGAAAAGACUUCAUCAAGGAGAAAUGUGACUCUGUCCACCUUUUCUCAGGGAAUCGAUUUCACAGCAGUUGGGGUGGAGCUUCCUAUAUGGGAGGAGUCUGUUCUCUCACCAAAGGAGGAGGAGUCAAUGAGUACGGGAAAACAGAUGAGAUGGCCAUAAGCCUCGCUCAGUCUCUUGGACAAAAUAUUGGCAUCUUCUCCGACAAGAAGAGGAUCCUAAAUGGUGAGUGUAAGUGUGAUGAUCCCUGGUCAGGAUGCAUCAUGGACGAUGUUGGCUUCUACCUGCCCAAGAGAUUCUCUGACUGCAACGUGGAGGAGUAUCAUAACUUCCUGAACAGCGGCGGAGGAGCCUGUCUGUUCAACAAACCUCUGAAGCUACUGGACCCUCCAGAGUGUGGAAAUGGCUUUGUGGAACCAGGAGAAGAGUGUGAUUGCGGGGACCCAGCGGAGUGUGCCAAACAGGGAGAAAACUGCUGUAAGAAGUGCACCCUGACCCAGGGAUCCAAGUGCAGCAACGGACUUUGCUGUAACAACUGCCAGAUGGAGUUCAUGGGAGUUGUGUGCAGAGAAGCGGUCAAUGACUGUGACAUCCCUGAAAACUGCACAGGCAACUCCAGCGAGUGUCCGCCAAAUGUGCAAAAGAUGGACGGCUACACGUGUGAAAAAGAUCAGGGUCGCUGCUUUAACGGAAGAUGCAAAACCAAAGACAGACAGUGCAAAUACAUUUGGGGAGAGAAGGCAACAGCAGCUGACAAGUUCUGUUAUGAGAAGCUCAACAUUGAGGGGACUGAGAAAGGCAACUGUGGGAAGGACAAAGACACGUGGAUCCAGUGCAACAAACAAGAUGUGCACUGUGGCUACCUGUUGUGCUCCAACAUCUCACCUGCUCCGCGGUUGGGCGAGCUACAGGGAGGUCUGACCUCCUUCACAGUCGCCCGACACAGCGCUUCUCUAGACUGCAGUGGCGGUCACGUGCUCAUCGAUGGAGACACGGACCUGGGUUACGUCGAGGACGGGACGGCGUGCGGGACAGAGCAAAUCUGUUUCAAUCACAAAUGUCUCCCCAUCCAGCAGUUCAACUUCAGCACCUGUCCCGGGACCACCGAGAAAACCAUCUGCUCAGGGCACGGGGUGUGCAGUAACGAGCUGAAGUGUGUGUGUUACCUGGGCUGGGCAGAAGAGGACUGUAACUCCACAUCUCCUCUCGGUUAUCUUGUUGGACCGACUCCCUCUGUUUCAGGUAUGACCAGCACUAACAUCAUCAUCGGGGCCAUCGUAGGCUCCAUCCUCUUCCUCGCCCUGAUACUGGCUGUUACAGCCUGGUGCUACAAGAGCUACAAGCAGAGGCGUUACGUAGAGUCUGAGGUUCACCGAAGAUUCUGCCGGCAAAUUCCCCCAGGUGACUAUGUAACAAAGCCUGGGGAUGCAGAUUCGUUUUACAGUGACAUGCCGCCUGGUGUCAGCACAAACUCCGGCUGCAGCUCCAAGAAGAGAUCUAAUGGCCUCUCCCACUCAUGGAGUGAAAGAAUUCCAGAUGCUAAACACAUCUCUGACAUCUGUGAAAAUGGACGACCAAGGAGCAACUCAUGGCAAGGAAAUCUGAGCGGUAACCGUAAGAAACUGAAAGGAAAGAAGUUUCGUGCUCGCUCAAACUCAACAGAGACACUAUCUCCUGCCAAGUCUCCCACUUCUUCUACAGGAUCUAUUGCAUCCAGCCGAAGAUACCCGUACCCGAUGCCUCCGCUCCCCGACGACCAGAGGAAAGCCAACAAGCAAAGCGCCAGGCUGUGGGAGACUUCAAUAUAACAGCCAUUGCACUGCUCUGAAAAAGAUGUUAAGGAACUGCACUUGUCUCUCAUUUUUAUGAAUGAAAUAAUGAAAUGAAGCUAAAAUGACUAACUGACCAGAGAGAGCACCCCCCCCACCCCCACCCCCAACCGUGUGUGACAAUACGCAGAGGCGUGUGUGAGGAAAAGUACACAAGCAUCUCUGAUCCUGAGCUGCCUCAUGGCCUCAUUCUGUGGAUCUCUAGCAGCAAGCAGAGGAUCUGGGGACAGUCCAGCUCCAUAUCCAGUCCAGACCACUUGGAGCUCAAACUGAGACUGAGCUGUUCCUGUCAGCUCAGGCCUCACCUAUACAGGACUGGAACCUGCGCCACUCCAACCCCAUCUGUCCUGCAAAUAAACCCUCAACUCAUCCUCUUUAUCUGCUGUCGCCAUACUCACUUUGAUGCCACCGUUUCGCUCCCAAGUACCCUCUCUAAAGGGGCAGUUGGACCAGAAGUGGGUCAUCUCAUCACACCGCAUCGCUGGGUUUGUUGGAACAUUGUGAAGCACGUGAAUCACUGUAAAAUCCAACGCUGUAUGCAUGAGUCAAGUGUUUAUCAGCAGCCUCCCUUAACUGGUCAAAUGACAAGAACCAGUGUUCUGAUCUGAACUGGAAACAUGUGAGCGGACAGUGAUUUUAUACCAUACAAGCUUUUUCCUCCGCUAUAGGAAACCUGUAGUGUAUCACCAGUUAUUAUAUCCAAUAGCUAAUGGCUCGGACCCACCCUGACCCUGCUCAUCAUCCAUUCAUAUGUGUAAAUAUGUACAGUAAAUUACAGACUUUUACUUUUGAUGAGGAAAAGCUCAAAAUGUUUUUUUUUUUGCCUUCUUGGUGUAUUGUGACGUAGACAGACGUGGAAUUCUGUAUGUCUGUGUAGAGAACCAACACCUAUUCUUUUUGUCAGUGUCCAUUUUUCCCUGCUUUUUUGUCCUGAAGUGUGGCCUCUGUAGAUUCCUGCAGCAGAAUGCAUCUUAAUUAUUAUUACUUUUUUUAAAUUUAAGAACAACUUUCAUCCUUCUCUGGGAAAAAGACACAAACAUCAAGUAAUAACGGAUUGCAAAGGAUGUUGAGUGUCGCGCAUUAAGAAUGUUACAGAGCCCGUUGCUAAUUAUUAUUUAAGCAAAAUUUUAAUAUUUUGUGCCAUUCUUGAUCACUGCUAUAGUUAAUUGUGUUUUGGAUACUUUCUGAGGGCAGCCUUAAGUUAUAUUUCGUUUCCCCUGAUGUGACAGUUGGAUGUUUGAGAUCAUUAAGUCACUGAGAUCACUUGAACGCAACAACACAACUACAGUAAGGCAAGUGUGGUUAAUAAUCAUCAGAGAAUCUAGAAAUUGUGCAUUUUAGCUGCCACGAUGGGGAUAUUUAGCCUUGUAAAUGAUUCUGCUGUACAGUGCUUGGUGUUUGAGCGCGUGAAGACCAACAGCAUGACAGUUCUAUAACAAACUUUCUCCAUUACGCUGUUUGUGAGGCCAUAAAGGGAAAUGAGCAUGUCACUGAAACAUAUUUUUUCGUCGGCUGUUGAAGUUGUUAAUGGGACUGUGUACACCUGACAACAAUGUUUGCAAGAAAACAAGUCUAGAGUCAAGAGAAAUCAUGGCAAGACUUCAUGGGAUUAAUAGUUUAAAACUGAAAGUUAACAUUAAUGAAGCUGUGCUGUGACUCAUCUCAUUGUAUUAAAGGUUGAUUUGUUUUUAUGACACUAAUAAUCACUUCCCUAACAGACAUUCUUUGUAUUUUUUACAGUAAAACCCAUUGUUCUUCCUAAUGUAGACACUGUUGCCUCCUGUUUGUCUUUUCCAUUUGUUUCUAUUUCAGUGAGCAUUUGGCUCUUUGUUUAUUUCAUGUACUUAUAUUGAACCAAUAUUAUCUUUGUUUCCCUUUGCAAUGUUCGCUUUUUGAGCAUAAUGUACAGACACUAUUCAAACAGUAAUUAAGUGCAUUAUUGUAAUUAUGUUUUCUAAAUGGAGACCCAUGCUAAGUUUUUGAAACACAUCUGUCCCAGACCACCCAAAGGCAUCAGUGCUGAUCUGUGUGGUUUCUACAGUGUAAAGGUUUUAAAGGAUAUCUGUACUGUGUGCAAAGGCCGAUGUACACUAGAACAAUGUGAGAUCUUGAGUGGAAUACACAGAGGGUUGAGUGUUUGUAGCUGAAUUAGAUGAUGAAAUCAAGUUCCUCAGUAAUGUAGUACCAGAUUUGUUGAAGUGUAUUGAGUGAA